AUGUUUGCGGUCGCGAUCUCACCGCUCCUCUCAAUGUGGACAUUUAAAGCGGACACGGUUGCAGUUGCGGUCGCUUUGCACUCACGGCAUGUCUCGCUCGCCCAAUCCGUUGCCGCUCUUUCAACAUGCACUGCAUCCACCAGUAGCACAAGCAAGACCCCAACAAGACAUCAGUUCACUUUUUUCCCCUCUAUAUUGAUCAAUGCUGUUAGCCGCAUGGCUCACUCCUCCGCUCGUGGGUCUCUCAGUCUCCCCGGUGAAAAGGGAAACCCUCCAAAGACUUUCGAAGGACUCUCGUUGUUGAGGUCGCCUCGACGCGCCACCCCAACAUCGCCAAUGUCUUUUGGGCCGGCCAGGCGUUGCAUCUAUUUUUGCGUUGCCGUUUACCAGUUUCGACACGUCUGUACAUUCGUAUUCUGCAAUGUCUCUCAAAAGGCUCUUUUCACCUCCACUCUCGACUGGCAUUUCCACCUCGCCUGCUUCAUCAUCUUAUCUCCACCUCCGGCUAACCUCGAACCGAGGCCGCAUGGAGCAUACAAACGCUUUCAGCCUCAUUGCAUCCACCGGCAAGUGCGACUUUCCAGACAAAAAUCUACACUCUGCCUCAAUUAA